GCAAGUGCAGAACUCUAGUGAAGAAAUACUAAGGCUGCAAGCUUGGUUUGUGGAAGCAAAGACUGUUAAUUCCAAGCUAUAUUUACAGAAGUUGAGAAAGCAAAUAAAGUCCAUCAAGCUUUAGACAACUCAAAAGAAGACACAAGUGUGAAAAAGGGUAAGGAAUCAGAGGAGUCAUGGUGUUCAUCAUUGUUCAGAUUCUUGCAAUCAUACUGGGGGCUAUCGGCACAUUGCUAACCAUUGUCGUCACUUCAAUGUCGCAGUGGAGAGUGUCAUACAUGGUUGAAGGUAACGCAUUAAACUGUGACAAACGUAUUGAUGGACAGUGGUUAAGUCGCUGGGAUGGCUUAUGGGUAACCUGCAUAACGAAAAACCAAAACAACAUGCACUGUAGUAGCUAUGACUCCCUGGUGUCAAUCACUACUGAUCUGAAAGCUGGACGAGUACUUAUGUCUUUUGCUGUGGUUAUUUCCAUUAUUGCAUUAAUCAUUGCUAUUGUUGCCUUGGUGUGCAUUCGCUGCUGUAGAGGAGUAGAGGCCGGCAGAUUCUGCAUGCUUCUAACUGCAGGAAUAGGGUUCAUCCUUGCAGCUAUUCUUGUACUGAUACCAGUAAGUUGGGUAACCAGCAACAUCAUUAAAGAAAUUAAUAAUCCCAUGUGCAAGACCAUACAGAGGCAAGAAAUUGGCGAGGCUAUUUUCCUUGGAUGGCCCACUGUGUUUUUUCUGUUAAUUGCAGGAAUAAUAUUGUGCUGGUGCUUCCCACGUUUUGAAAGAUGCGACUCUGUUGACUAUUCAUCAGAAUGUACUGUCCCAAGACCAGUGUAUGGACCUUGCCAAACUCAAGAGCACACAUUAAGCCAAACUCAUUAUUCCAAAAGUCAAUACAUCUGAACUGACUGUUCUGCGAAAGCUCAAUAUUAAUGACUGCACUUUAAAAUUUGAUCAUAAAGAAGCACAGAAUGAAGAAAAGUAAUAGUCAUAAAAAAAACAAGCAAUGGACAUAUAUGUUAAAAAUUGUAGUCUGCAAGGACAUCUGAGAGCAAAAUGAAUUUGCAAAUUUCCAGUUAUUUUAUUAUUUUCAUAGCAGCAUGGAACAGCAACCAACACUUCACAUCAACAAGCUAUGAGAUGACAGACUACAUUUAUUAUUUUUAUUUUUUUUACAUUUUAGGCUUCUUAAACAUUUGUGACUAUGCUGAAAACAUUUAUAAUAUUUUUUGUAUUAUUUAAAUUAACGUGAAAAAAAGUGUAAUAUAAUGGAUAAAAGGUUAAUUUAAUAUGUAAAUGUUAAAUACUUUAUAUCUUGUGCAAUUUGUAGAUAGAAUAACAAAAUGAACACACAAAGACAUAUUUAAAAGUUUUACAAUAACAUUGCAGUAUACAAAAUGAUAGCACUUACUCCACACUCUGGUUUUAAUCUAGAAAACUUUGUAUAUAUAUUUUUUUUAAUUGCACAACUUUGCAUAAUAAAUGCAGUACAGUUCAGAGUAAAAUCUUUCCUUAUUUACCCACUAAUAAAUGACCAUCAAUUUAGAUAUUAUUUUUAAUGAUUGGUCUUUAAUUGUAGCAUAAUCUUAGAAAUGUUGACAUUUCAUAUCACCAAACACCUUACGUAGAGACAGACAGUUAAGAAUUUGUUAAAGACAGUUCAGUGAUUGAUGUAUAUUUAUUUGGCAUCAAAUUCUUUAAUGCAAUGCCUACAAAGUUACAUUUAUGUUUUUAGAGUAUUAAAAUAGAACAUAUUAUUAUUUUCAAAAGAAUGUAAUUUGUUCAAUAACAGUUGCAUUGACCCAGUAUUAGAACACGUUUAUAGUAUAAUUACAGGGGACUUGUAUUUUUCAGUAUACUAGUGAUGACAUAUCUGAAUGUUUAAAUUACUGCCAAGUAUUUGCUAAUUGUUUGUAAAGGUGGAGUAGGCAUGAAUGCUAUGCAAAUUAUAUUAAAAUUAUAUUUUAAGUUUAUAUUUUCUUUGAUCUUCCUGUUAAAUUUGAUCUGCUGGUUUGUUUAAUGAUGCACUAUGCAAGUCAUUAAUUUGCACUAGUUCUAAAGUCUGGCUAUCUUUAUGCAGUAAAAACGUAAACCUACAAGGGCCAUUAACUUUCUACCAGUAAAGAGGUCAGUUUUAACCUUACAUGUAAAAUCUGGUACUGGUCUUAUUUAAAUGCCAUUAAACCAAUAUAUUGAUAAAUUUCAGCAAGUGUUAAUUAUAACAACUGACAUGAGCUUACAUUAGUUAAUAUAUGUAGCCUUAGACUGUGUUCAAAUGUAAAGUAUUAUGAUUAUACAUGUUUAUGAAUAUACAGAAUCCAAAGUAUCUUGAAAUGCUUGAAUGCCCUGAAUAGUAUUAUUGUAUAUUUAAAAAAAAAUGUUUUACUCAAAGACUCCAGUUUAUAAUUAUGUAAGGAACAUAGGUAUCAAUGUAGGUUUGCAUGUUAGCAAACAGCUAUAACAUUUUUUUUAGUUUGUUCCUUCUAUUUUGAUUUGUUGCAAUAAAAUAUGUUUGAAGGUG